CCCGUGCCCUGCAAACUGAACCCCGCCGAAGCCCUGUCCCCCAAGGUCUACGGGGGCUUCCAGCUCGUCCCUGCUACCGACGGCCAGUUUGCUUUUCUCAUCCCGAACCCGGCCUUCCCUCCCAGCUCCGGACCAGUUAUUCCCCUGUAUGCCAACGCGAACGUCCCGGUGUCCGCAGGCGGCGGCUCGGGGAACGCGGCUGCCACCCCCUCAGCAUCCCCGGUGCAGGGGUUGACAUCAUUUGGUGGCAGCAUUGUUCCAGCAUCCCAGGCGGGAAGUCCCAUCGGAGAGCGCAGUGAAUCCGUGUGGAGGCCUUGGUGA